AUGGAUAGACGCACUCCGUAUACGUUGAGCGUUCUCGCUCCGAGCACUGAUGGCGCUGAAGAAUCCCGCACACAGAUCCAAGCAAGACUUCGAGAUUUCGUUCUAGAGUUCCAGCUGGAUAAUGCGUUCAUCUACCGUGACCAACUCCGUCAGAAUGUCCUUGUCAAGCAGUACUACUGUGACAUUGACAUCGCCCACCUUAUUUCUUACAACGAGGAAUUGGCACACAAACUCACCACCGAACCUGCCGACAUCAUUCCUCUGUUCGAGGCCGCCCUGAAACAAUGCACACAGAGAAUCGUCUAUCCCUCUCAGCGGGACAUUGCCCUUCCUCCGCAUCAACUUCUCCUUCACUCCUCGGCAACACACAUCUCUAUUCGCGAUCUCAACGCCACCAACAUCUCUCACCUCGUCCGUAUUCCUGGUAUUGUCAUUGGCGCGUCGACGAUAUCGUCCAAGGCCACGGUGGUUCACAUUCGCUGCAAGAGCUGCGACCACAGUGACAACAUUACCGUCGAAGGCGGCUUUGCAGGACUGACCCUGCCCCGGAGGUGUGGUCGUGAAAAGCAACCCGGUGAUGCUCCACAAGAUGCGCAAUGUCCCUUGGACCCCUACGUAAUCUCUCACGAGAAGUGCCAAUUUGUCGAUCAGCAAGUCCUGAAGCUGCAGGAAGCUCCAGACCAGGUCCCCGUGGGUGAACUUCCUCGCCACGUUCUCAUCUCGGCGGACCGCUAUCUGGCCAACCGAGUCGUCCCUGGUUCGCGCUGCACCGUUAUGGGCAUCUUCUCCAUCUACCAGGCUCGUGGUGGCAAGAAAGAUGGCGCGGUGGCCCUCCGUAACCCCUACCUGCGCGCCGUCGGAAUCAGCUCUGAUCUGGACCACACCGCCAAGGGCAGCGCCAUCUUCUCGGAAGAGGAAGAACAGGAGUUCUUAGAGCUCAGCCGUCGGCCGGACCUUUACGAUGCCCUCGCCCGCAGCAUUGCUCCGUCCAUCUACGGUAACCUUGACAUUAAGAAGGCCAUCGUCUGUCUGCUUAUGGGCGGCUCCAAGAAGAUUCUCCCCGAUGGAAUGAAACUUCGUGGAGACAUCAACGUCCUGCUACUGGGUGACCCCGGUACGGCCAAGUCCCAGCUACUCAAGUUCACCGAGAAGGUGUCUCCCAUCGCCAUCUACACGUCCGGUAAGGGUUCGUCCGCGGCUGGUUUGACGGCUUCCGUCCAACGUGAUCACACGACGCGUGAGUUCUACCUGGAAGGAGGAGCGAUGGUUCUCGCCGACGGCGGAGUGGUCUGCAUUGACGAGUUCGACAAAAUGCGAGACGAGGACCGCGUCGCCAUUCACGAAGCCAUGGAACAACAGACCAUCUCGAUCGCCAAGGCAGGUAUCACCACUAUCCUCAACUCCCGAACGUCCGUCUUGGCUGCGGCGAACCCGAUCUACGGGCGUUACGAUGACCUGAAAACCCCCGGUGAGAACAUCGACUUCCAGACCACCAUCUUGUCUCGUUUCGAUAUGAUCUUCGUCGUUCGCGACGACCACGAACGCAGCCGCGACGAGCGCAUCGCCCGCCACGUCAUGGGCGUGCACAUGGGUGGACGAGGCGCGGAAGAGCAAGUCGAGGCGGAGAUUCCACUCGAGAAGAUGAAGCGGUACAUCAGCUACUGCCGCACCCGCUGUGCACCCCGUCUGUCCGACGAGGCUGCCGAAAAGCUCUCUUCGCACUUCGUCUCGAUCAGAAAGCAGGUCCACCGCGCCGAACUCGACGCCAACACACGCUCAUCCAUCCCUAUCACCGUCCGUCAGCUCGAAGCCAUCGUCCGUAUUACGGAAUCCCUGGCUAAGCUGAGUCUGUCGCCGAUUGCCACGACUGCCCAUGUGGACGAAGCCAUUCGCCUCUUCCUGGCUUCCACGAUGGACGCCAUCACGCAAGGCGAGGGCCAGGGCAGCAAGGAGCUGAUGGAAGAAGUCAGCAAGAUCGAAGACGAGCUGAAGCGUCGUCUCCCCAUCGGCUGGAGCACCAGUCUGGCCACGCUGCGCCGCGAGUUCGUCGACGGACGAGGCUACACCGAGCAAGCGCUGAACCGGGCGUUGAUUGUCCUCCAGCGACGGGAUACUGUGCAGAUCCGGUCCGGCGGUUCACAGGUGUACCGAAAUGGAGUGUAG